AUGGAGCAUUCACCUCCGACCAAUGGCAAGCUCCCGCGUGAGCUGCUCGAGAUUGUUUUCGAAGAUCUUUGUAUCACUAUUCAAGACGAAGAUCUAGAUCCGGUGCAAAUGGACCGCUUGUUGCUGGUCUGCCGAUUCUGGACAACAGUGGCGCUGGAUUAUCGACGCCUCUGGUCCUCCAUCUUCAUUAGUCUUAGAAGUGAAUUUGAAUACGCCUUUUGGACCUCCUAUGCACGUACGCGUCUGCAACGCGCUGGACCAACAGAGCCACUGCAAAUCACGUUAAUCACCAAAAGCCUCUAUAAUCAAACUGAUCAAGGUGAGGAGAUAAAAAUUCUUCUCAGCAUUCUCACCGGACCCACGGGGGAAGUCGCUCGGCGGUGGAAGCAAUUGGUCUUUGAGCCACUCAGGCGCGAUACUCCGAUAGGAAUAUACGACCGCUUCUUCUCGUUUCCUACACCCAAACUCGAGAUUCUCCAGCUAGCUCGAGUUUUUAUCCAUCAGACGUGCGAGUUCCUGCCUGAUACCACCUCGUUGUCGAGAUUGUGCAUGCGCUGGUGCAAUAUACCCCCAAUCAAGCACGUGUCAUCCCUGACCUGUUUAGAGUGUGAUAUCGCUGGUGCCGCUGAUGCCAGUCUCCUCGAGCAGGCCACUCGAUUGGAAAAGUAUCAGUGUAUCGGCCUGCAAUAUUGGCACCUAACUAGGGCAGUCCUUCUACCUCGUCUUCUGGACCUCGAUAUCAGAACUCCUCUGUCUUCUGGGUCCAUUAGCAGACUUGUUACGCCUAACCUUGUCAAAUUCUGCAUCCGCCUGUCCUCCUCGAGCGAUAUAUCUCGCAUUCUAGACGCCUCGGGUAUACCCUUGGUAAAGCUCAGAGAGCUCGACUUGUACUCAUCCUCCUUUGGUCAGCAGCUGGACCCGAGAGAACUACGGAAACUUCUACUUGCCACACCAAACCUUGAAAAAUUGAGGUGCAGAAAGCCAACUGCCGCAAUACCGGUUCUUAAUCUGCUCUUAGAGAUGGAUCAUCUCCACGAGACGGCGCCGGGAUUACGCUUUGGUUGUGGUGACGAUACGACCUUACUCGGAGUUGGAGAAGAAAAGCGGAUGGUCAUUAUGCGCUUCCUGCGAAUACUCAAACCGAAGCGCGGGUAUCCGUUCUAG